CCCUCCUCCUCCCCCCCCUCCUGGUCCGACCUCCACUGGCAACUCCAGGUGCGCUCCUCCGCCACCCCCCGCCGCCCAUCCGGCCUCACCGUCCUCGUCACCGGAGCCGCCGGCUUCAUCGGUUCCCACUGCUCCCUCGCCCUAAAAAAACGCGGCGACGGCGUCCUCGGCCUCGACAACUUCAACUCCUACUACGAUCCCUCCUUAAAACGCUCUCGCCAAGCCCUCCUCUCUCGCCACUCCAUCCUCAUCAUCGAAGCCGACCUCAAUGACUCCCCUCUCCUCUCCCAUCUCCUCUCCUCCUACCCUUUCACCCACGUCCUCCACCUCGCCGCUCAAGCCGGCGUCCGCUACGCCGCCAAAAACCCCCUUUCCUACAUCUCCUCUAACCUCGCCGCCUUCGUCUCCCUCCUCGAAGCCGCCGCCAAAUCCUCCAACCGCCAACCCUCCAUCGUCUGGGCUUCCUCCUCCUCUGUCUACGGCCUCAAUAAAAAAUCCCCCUUUUCCGAAUCCGACGCCACCGACCACCCCGCCUCCCUCUACGCCGCCACCAAAAAAGCCGGCGAAGCCAUCGCCCACUCUUACAACCAUAUCUACGGCCUCUCUCUCACCGCCCUCCGCUUCUUCACCGUCUACGGCCCCAUGGGCCGCCCCGACAUGGCCUACUUCUUCUUCACUAAAUCUAUCCUCGCCGGCAAACCCAUCACCAUCUUCCGCACCCCCGACGGUAAAGACGUCGCCCGCGACUUCACUUACAUCGACGACGUCGUUAAGGGCUGUCUUGGAGCUCUCGACACCGCCGGCAAAAGUACCGGUACCGCGGGCGGCGGCCGGAAGUCCGGCCCCGCGCCGCUCCGAAUUUACAAUCUCGGGAAUACUUCCCCUGUUCCUGUAACAGAGUUGGUCUCCAUUCUCGAACGGCUUCUCAGCAUGAAAGCCAAGAAGAACAUAGUGACGAUGCCGGAUAACGGCGACGUCCCGUUCACUCACGCUAACGUCAGCCUCGCCGCCGUCGACUAUGGUUACCGGCCGACGACUGACCUCGCCGCCGGGUUACGGAAGUUUGUUAGGUGGUACGUUCAUUACUACGGAAUCAAGCUUAAGCGCGGCGGCGGCGGCGGCGGUGGUGAUAAGGUUGUGGGGGAAUAGAGGGUGUAAAAUGUAAAUUGAUUGAGGGUAUUUGUGAAAAUGUGAAAUAAUAUUUUAAGCCGUGCGUGUGUAUUAUGCUAUUAAAGUUGAUAAUUUUGAGAAUUGCAAGGGGGGGAUUUAGAGGAGAGAAUAAAUGAUUAGAAAAAUAGUAGCAAAAUAUUCAAAGUGGGGGGGACGGAAUAAAGAUGAAGUCUCCGGUGAGUGUUGUAAUUGUUAAGGAAAUGGAGGUGUUAAAUGAAAAUUUGUGGUGACUGUUA